AUGACGGUCGAGUUGCUGGAUAACGAGACGGAAUACGCCCGGUGCUUCGACACACUGACGGAACUGCGACAUCUCGAAACGAAGAUCGCAGCGUCAACACCCAUCAUGGCAGCAACACUGCCGACACUUCGCUCGCUGGAAGACUUGAACCGAAACCUACACCGCUCAGGCGCCGUCGGCGAGAAGGGCUUCUCCCAGAUUGCCGAUCGGCUGUCGUUUCACAUUUCCCGGCUAGAGGGAUACCUAAUCAGUGCAAAGGCACUACAGCAGCGCUCACAGGGCACAACAGAAAUGCUCGCGGACCAUUUGAACCUGAGGGCCCAGGAAAGCGCUAUGCGGAUCAACCGUCGAAUACCCGAGUUGACGAAAGAAACUGCCGAUGAUAGUGCCGCUGUCCGCAUAGUGACCCUGGUGGCGCUGAUAUGCCUUCCGGCAACGUUUGUUGCGACCGUGUUGGGCAUGAAUCUUUUCGAGCUGGACGAGUCCGAGCCGGGUAGUCCUGGCAGAACUCUGUUGGUGACGGCGAAUGAGUUGUGGAUUUACAUCGCAAGUUCGGUGCUUUUGACUGCGUUCACCGUGGGAUCUUGGAUUGCGUUGUCUCGCAGACAAAAGUUGGUAAGAUCGCGGCAGCUGUAA